AUGCAGGGAAAUCUCGCAGCGGCAGCAAAAGACUUUUCUCGGGCCGUGGAUGCUGAUCCGAAUGUUGCGGACGCAUGGAAGCGUCGAGGACAGACAAGAGCGGCGUUAGGCUUUGAUCAAGAGGCGAUCAAGGACCUCACCAAGGCAGCAAGUUUAUCACCAGACCACGAGUAUGCAUAUCUGACGUGUGACUUUUUUUUUCAGAGAGGGAUUGUUUACCACAAGAUGAUGGACUUCCGCAAAGCUUUGACGGACUUUCGCAAAGCGCUCAACAUAGACGGUAGCAGCCCCAUCACAUGGAACUUCGUCGGCCUCUGUGAAAACUCACUGGGUAGAACGCGAGAAGCAAUCAUCGCCUACGAACGAGCCACCCAACUCGAUCCGAACAUGAAAGAAGCAUGGGCCAACUUAGGUCAAGCGUACAGGGACGCAGGAGAUCGACAAAAUGCGGAGAAAUACUUCGCAAUGGCUGAGAAGCUAGACCCGAACUAUGUGCACUGCUACCAUCUCCGAGGUCUUCUGUUCUACGGAUGUGGUGAAAUUAGACUCGCGCUGCACGAUUUCUCUAGGGGUCAUGAAUGCGAUCGGAACGACAAGAAUUGCUUCCUGAUGAAAGCUGUCUGCAAGCACAGUCUCGGUGACAUGUCUGGUGCAAUAUCCGAGUACACUCUACUCUUGAAGAUGGAUCCAGUCAGAAAGGAACUGAUGGUUGCUGCAGGACAUCUCUGCUACUAUCAGAGAGAGUUGGCGAUAUACUUGCAGAAGCAUCUUGACGUCAAUCUCAUCUCCUUCAAUGCGGAUGUCGAGUUGGAUGCCUACUUCAAGGAGUCUUACUGCAAGCGAGACCCGACCAACCAUCCUCGACUCUGCAACUAUAUCCCGCAAAAGCCUGCGACAUCAAAAAUCCCUGACGUGAAGAUGGUGGACAAGACGGGGGUGAAAGAAGUCGACGAGCUUGUGGAACUCUCGCGGAGGUUUGGGCCUCUGAUUCAACUCAGGUCUGCUGGCUUCUUGAGCAACCUCAGACAGCAUCGAAUGUGCGGCCUCGCCAUCCUGCACAUGGCACAACAGGCAAAAGCCUGGUGGCAGAGUGGAAGCACAGCAGAGACUGUGGCAAAUGGGUCUCGGCGCUAUGACCUCUACUUCGACGUCAAGGGCAGCUCCAAGGACUGCGGGAAGAAGCAUGCCUUCGGCUGGCGCGACUUCAUGGACAUCUCAGUGAAAUGGCGGCAGAUCUCCGAGCCCAACGACCCGGUCUUCUGGAUAGACCUGAUGGCACCUGAAGUCUUCGCCGAAGGGUUCGGUCUGCAGACCCCCAUGGUAACCGGGCAGAUGAACGUGGUGAGGUACUACCCCUACUUCGAGCGAGCGAGGGACGUGGUGAAGAAGCUCAUCGAGGAGAGCGGCGCAUGCAACGUGCACGACCAGCGGUUCAUGCUCCCUCCCAACAAGAUCGACCAGCUCAGAGAGGCCAAGACUUGCCAGGACCUGUGGGAAGUGAUGCAGCAAGGCUUCUACGUCGAGACCCCUUGCCAUAGUGUUGCUCGGCCCGGCGAGAUCAUGGCAGGAACAAGGAUCACCCUCCUUCAGAAGCCUCCCGAUGGCUUCGACUUCACCAUCCGCACCCCUGGCACGCCGCCGCGAUGGGUGGAGAUGGACAAGGAGAUGGCGCACGCGUGGUCGCUGCUGACGGAGGAGGCGAGGAGACAACCCGAGCCAGACCUCGACAGGUUCACUGACCUCGCGCUCACCUUCUACUUCUACUGGGUCAACUUCGGCCCUCUCUCGCGAGGAACCGCAGCCUGCGGCUACAUCGCCUUCUUUGCGCUCAUGCUCUCCAUCGGGAUCGAGGUCCAGACCUCCCCGCCCGAGGGCACCCAGGUGGACUGGCCGGCCAUCCUCUCGCCGACGCCCGCAGGCUUCAUCGACGAGGUGAAGAGCUGGAUCUACCCCUCUAGGAAGCGAUGCGACAUCCUCGAGACCGCCCCAGCCGUCGGUGAAGUCCUCGCGACCCCGCGAAGGAUGCUGGAGGCUCUCAACUGUAAGUAG